AUAUGUUGAAAGAUAAUGCAGAGGUGGAAUUGUAACGUGGAAGACCGGAGGGGAUUGUUGCCGGGUUCUACACGACGGGUUCAGGCGUACAAAAAUUAUUAACGGCUUUUUUUCCGCUACAUCGAGUGGAAAACGAGAACUCUCUCUCUCACUCGCGCUUCCCUCGGUUCUUUAAAUUGACAUUCGUAUUGUACAACUGUCCCGGUAUCGAGAGCUUCCGAGCCCGUCCCUCAAGCUCUCGAUCCGAUCCAACCCAACUCAAUCACAACUGCAUGCAGUCCUCGUGGUAUUCUUCUUCUUCCAUCUAGUAUUCGAAAGAACAAAACUCUGCUAAUUGAUCAAGGAAGAAAAUGCAGAAAAUAGCGGCGCAACUGAGGCGGGGGAUAUCCCGGCAGCUCUCAACAGGGACGCUGGGGCGGACGCUGAGCAGGCAAUUCACGCGGCAGUCGUCGCUGGACCCAAGGAGGAACAAACAGAGAUUCAGCUUCGGGAGGCAGUCGUCUCUGGACCCGAUACACCGGAGCCCCGAACAAGACGACGCCGUCGAUCUCACGGUGCCGGAGAAUCUCGACGCCACGAUGCACCUCCUGUUCAUGGCGUGCAGAGGGGACGUCAAGGGAGUGGAGGAUCUCCUCAACGAGGGGAUCGACGUCAACAGCAUCGACUUGGAUGGGAGGACCGCGCUGCACAUCGCCGCGUGCGAAGGCAAUGUCGAGGUCGUCGAACUCUUGCUCAGCAGGAAGGCCAACCUCGAUGCUCGUGAUCGCUGGGGGAGCACGGCAGCUGCUGACGCCAAAUAUUACGGACACACUGAAGUUUACAAUAUUCUAAAGACCCGCGGAGCCAAAGUUCCGAAAACCAGGAAGACGCCAAUGGUUGUUGCAAAUCCUCGAGAAGUACCAGAGUACGAGCUUAAUCCACUGGAGCUCCAGAUUCGGAAGGGUUCUCAAAUCUCUAAGGGAUCAUAUCAAGUGGCUAAAUGGAACGGUACAAAGGUUUCCUUAAAGAUACUUGACAAGGACAGUUAUUCAGACCCUGAUAGCAUAAACGCUUUCAAACACGAGCUAACGUUGCUAGAAAAGGUCCGGCAUCCUAAUGUGCUUCAGUUUGUUGGAGCAGUUACCCAAAAUAUACCCAUGAUGAUUGUUUCAGAGUAUCAUCCAAAAGGUGACUUGGGAAAUUAUAUUCAAAAGAAAGGACGCCUGUCUCCAUCCAAAGCUCUAAAAUUUGCUCUUGAUAUUGCUAGGGGCAUGAAUUAUCUUCAUGAAUGUAAACCAGACCCAAUUAUCCACUGCGACUUAAAGCCAAAAAAUAUUUUUCUGGACAGUGGAGGUCAUUUGAAAGUGGCUGGAUUUGGUUUGACAAGAUUGUCUAAGCUUUCACCAGGCAAAGCAAAACUAGCACAGCCAGGGGCUGACCGUUCAAACUUAUAUAUGGCACCCGAGGUUUACAGAGAUGAGAUAUUUGACAGAAGUGUGGAUUCCUAUUCUUUUGGUCUCAUUUUAUAUGAGAUGAUUGAGGGUGCACAACCUUUCCAUCCCAAGUCUCCUGAGGAAGCUGCACAAAUUAUGUGUUUAGAAGGAAAGAGACCGCCAUUCAAGAUCAAAGCAAAAAGUUAUCCUCCAGAUCUAAAAGAGUUGGUUGACGAAUGUUGGGAUGAAGAAGCAGUUGUGAGGCCAACCUUUUCUGAAAUAAUUGUCCGGCUAGACAGAAUAGAAUCAACUUGUUCAAAACAAGGAUGGUGGAAAGACACUUUUAAGCUUCCUUGGAUUUAAGAGGAGGUCUCGGCAAAUCAUGAUAAUGAUAAUAACAAAGAGGAACGAGACAAGCACUCAGUUCCACUGGAAAAAGGAAAAGAGAGAGAUCAAGGGAUUUUCUUCGAAUCCAGGUUUUGGAGUUUCAUAUUGUGUAUAAUUAAUAUGGUGAAACAAUGCAGAGUGAACAAAGUAAAUGUAUAUCUCUGUCCUCUUUUGGAGCGGGCACAGUCCCUUUCCAUGUAUAAUGUGAGGAGAGGAAGAGCUUUGGUUUAGCAUAUCAACUUGUGGAUAAUUAACAUUAUAACAAGAGUUGGUCGAAGAAGAUUAAUACCCAGAUUUUAGGAA